AUGUUAGCUGCGGAUGAGCAUGAAUUUGAACGUCCGAAUACCAAAAUACGUCUCAAUUGCGAUUAUUGCAGUAAGAUUUUUCUAACUCAAAGUAAUUUGGACAAUCACAUGGAUGCAGUUCAUUUGAAACUAAGGAAAUUUGUUUGCGAUAAUUGUGAACAGUCUUUUGUUACACAACAACGUUUGAAUACACACGUUAUAAAUGUCCAUCAAAGAAUCAAAAAUUACUCGUGCGACACGUGUGGAAAGGUUUUUGGUUAUAAGAGAAGCUUGGCUGAGCAUAUUGCAACAGUUCAUGAAAAAAUCAAAGAUCACAAAUGCAAAGAGUGCGGCAAGUCUUUUGGAAAAAAGCAGACUUUAAUGAAGCACAUUGAUGCAGUUCAUCUGGAACUCAAAGAACAUAUGUGUGAAGAGUGCGGCAGGUCGUUUGGAUAUAGAGUGAAUCUGAUGAGGCACGUAGAUGUAGUUCAUUUGCAACUUAGAGAACAUAAGUGCGGAGAAUGUGAAAAGUCUUUUAGUUAUAAAAAAGUCCUCAAUAGACAUAUAAGUAUUGUCCAUGAAAAAAUCAUAGAACACCAGUGCGUAAAAUGUGGCAAGUUUUUUGGACAAAAAAUACACCUGAUGAACCACAUCAAUUCAGUUCAUAUAAAAGUUAAAGAUCAAAAAUGCUUUGAGUGUGGCAUUUCUUUUGGACGAAAAAGUAGUCUUAUGGAGCAUAUAGAUAUAGUUCAUUUGAAGCUCAAGGAACACGUGUGUAAGGAAUGUGAAAAAUCUUUCUGUAAAAAAAGUAACUUAGAUAAACAUAUUGCCACAGUUCAUAAAAAAAUUAAAGAUCACAAAUGCGAAGAGUGUGGUAAACUUUUUGGACGAAAGGAUCGGUUACUACUGCAUAUAGAUGUAGUUCAUUUGGAACUCAAAGAACACAAGUGUGAGAAAUGUGGGAAGUCUUUUGGUACAAAAAGUGCUUUGAAUAGACACGUUACCUCUGUUCAUGAAAAAAUAAAAGAUCACAAAUGCUUCGAGUGUGGCAAGUCGUUUGGAGAAAAGAGUAAUCUUAUGAAACACAUCGAUAUAGUUCAUUUGAAAUUAAAGAAAACUAAUGCAAAGAAUGUGGCAAGUCAUUUGGACUUAGAAGUGAUGUGA